GUGGCCGGUAGGGGGUCGGCGCAUGCGCACUUCCGGCAGUGCGGAUCAUGGAGGCGGUGGGUUUGCGGGCUGCUGUGCGGGUCAUCCUUUCGGCGCUGACGCCCCUGAAGGCCCGGGUGCACGUCCCCCGAGCCCAGGCCACUGCCGCCUAUGGCACCUCAGUGACUUCGGCUAAAGUGAAUGUGAAUGGUGUUUGCCUGCAUUAUCAGCAGACUGGAGAGGGAGAUCACGCAGUCCUGCUGCUUCCCGGAAUGUUAGGAUGUGGAGACACUGAUUUUGGACCACAGAUUAAGAACCUGAAUAAGAAGCUCUUCACGGUGGUAGCCUGGGACCCUCGAGGAUAUGGCCACUCCAGACCCCCGCAUCGAGACUUCCCAGUGGACUUUUUUGAAAGGGAUGCAAAAGAUGCUGUUGAUUUGAUGAAGGCACUGAAGUUUAAGCAGGUCUCCCUGCUGGGCUGGAGUGACGGAGGGAUCACUGCACUCAUUGCAGCUGCGAAAUAUCCGUCUUACAUGAACAAAUUGGUGGUCUGGGGAGCCAACACCUAUGUGUCUGAUGAAGACGAAAUGAUUUUUCAGGGGAUCCGAGAUGUUUCUAAAUGGAGUGAGAAGAUAAGGAAACCUCUGGAAACCCUGUAUGGGUAUGACUACUUUGCCCAAAUGUGUGAAAAAUGGGUGGAAGGCAUGCUGCAGUUUAAACAUCUACCAGAUGGUAAUAUUUGCCGAAACUUGCUGCCCCUUAUUCAGUGUCCCACUCUGAUUGUGCACGGUGAGAAGGAUCCUCUGGUGCCACGUUUCCAUGCUGACUUCAUUCAUAAACAUGUUAAAGGGUCACGGUUGCAUCUGAUGCCGGAAGGCAAGCACAACCUGCACUUACGCUUUGCAGAUGAAUUCAACCAGUUAGUAGAAGACUUCCUCUUGUGAACAUGUCCCAGAAACUCCUGAGUCUUAGUGGUUCCUUGGUGUGGGGCUCAGUCAUGGCUGUUAUCCCUGCCUUGGAAAUUCCCACUCCUCCCCACAGCUCCCGGGCCUGCCCAGCCUCCCGACACCUCUGUAACAAGGGCCUCUGAUCAAAUGGGUAGGUGUUCUAACAGCAGGGAAAAAUAAUGACUUCGUAAAGGCAUCCUCUAGUUUUAAUAGCUACAGAAAUUAAAAAUCUGAUCAUUUAA